GAGGAUACGCUGGAGGAGUGUCCGCACUUCGGAUGGGGACGCCACUUCUGCGGCCACGAGCGGGACGUGGGAGUGACCUGCACAGGUGAGGGGACACGCUGGCUGUGCUGGGCCAGCCACCUUGUGCUGGUGCACCGUGGGCAGGUCUGAGGUGAGGCGGUGUCCCUGUGCAGAUGCCGUGGAGCUGAGGCUGGCGGGCGGCAGCAGUCCCUGUGCCGGGAGGGUGGAAAUGAAGCUGCAGGGACAGUGGGGCUCGGUGACAGAUGACACCUGGGACCUGAAGGACGCCGAGGUGGUUUGCCAGCAUGUGGGCUGUGGCUCGGCUUCCGGUGCCUACUACGCCCUUGACACCUUCGGUUUAGGUGUUGGGCUCAUCAGCCUGGCCCUGGUGGACUGCAGUGGGAACGAGGCUACACUCUUGGACUGCAAAAUCCGUGGCUGGGGACCCUAUAACAGCAGCAUUCAUGACUUGGACAUUGCCGUUUUCUGCCAAGGGUUCUCCCGGCUAGUCGGAGGUGAUGGAGCCUGUGCCGGGCGUCUGGAGGUGCGUCAGGGCCGGGCCUGGGUCGGUGUCUGUGAGGAUCAGGUGGACAUGAAGGCGGCUCAGGUGGUGUGCAGAGAGCUGGGCUGCGGUGACGUGCUCGCCAUCCCUGGCCAUGCUGGAUUUGGGAGAGGAUCAGGAUCAUUCUUGGACAGGGGCUUCCAGUGCAAUGGCAGCGAGCCCCUCCUCAGUGCCUGUGCCCGGCGUCCGGCCCACAGGCAGGGCUGCACCGGCCCUGCCAGCGUCACCUGCUCGUCCUACACGGGCUUCCGGCUGGGCAACAGCAGCUCGGGAUGCUCCGGGCGAGUGGAGGUGGCGGUGCGGGGCACGUGGGGAUCCGUCUGCGCCAGCGAGUGGGACCUGGCCGACGCGCACGUCCUGUGCCGCCAGCUGGGCUGCGGCCGCGCCUUCAGCGUGCCCCCGGGAGGCUCCUUCGGCAGCGGGGAGGGGCCGCUGCGGCCGGACGCCUUCGGCUGCAGCGGGAGCGAGCGGCACCCGGGCGAGUGCCCCGUGGCCGUGCUGGGGAAGCCGCCCUGUGCGCCGGGAAACGCCGCCGCCGUCAACUGCUCAGGCAGUGCCGAGUCCCUGCGGCUGGUGGAAGGUGAGACCCGGUGCGAUGGGUUUCUGGAGAUGGCCGUAAGCACCGGGGCGUGGCACCGUGUACCAGGAGAGGUUUCGCCCGUACGGAAUUUCAGCAAAGUGUGCUGGGAGCUGGGCUGUGGAGGACUGGACAGGACUGAUGCUGUCCAUGGUCAGAUCUACCUGUCGGAUGUCAACACGACGGAGAGGCCCAUGACAGAACGGGUGAUUCCAACCAUCAUGGAUACGACCCCCAAUGUGACCACAGGGACAAUUAGCGAUGAUAAUUUUGGGAAUGAAAGGGAGUUUGUUACGACUACAGCAGCUGACAUCCCUCAUGGGAGCUACACUGUGUGCUCAGGCAGCCGGCAGGUGAGGCUGGUGGGGAGCUCUGGGCGCUGUGCCGGGCGCGUGGAGGUCUAUUCCGGUGGCAGCUGGAGCUCCGUGUGCCAGGAAGGCUGGGACCUGCAGGACGCCGCCGUUGUCUGCCGGCAGCUGGGCUGUGGCAGGGCACUGGAUGCGCCGAGCUCGGCGCGCUCAGGUGCCGUCCCGGGGCCGCUGUGGCCGUACAUCCCCGACUGCUCCGGGUCCGAGGAGUCUCUCUGGGAAUGCGGGCGCACGGAACGGCGCCAGUGCGGGCGCGGCGGCGGGGCAGGGGCCGUCUGCUCAGAGCAGCUCCUCGUGCAGCUGGCAGGAGGCCACGGGCGCUGCCGGGGCUACCUGGAGGUGUCCUACAACGGCACCUGGGGCCGCGUGUGCGCCAGUGGCACCAGCAGCGGCACCGCCGCUGCCGUCUGCCGCCAGCUGGGCUGUGGGGACCAGGGCUCGCUCUCGCCUGUCCCCUCCCAGCAGCUACCCCUUGCGUGGCUGGCCUGGGUGGGCUGUGAGGACGGGGCCCGCUCGCUCUGGGGCUGCCCCUCGGCCCCCUGGCACCUGCAGAGCUGUGGCACCGACGGGUACGCACAAGUGGAGUGUGAGGAGGACAGUGACGGCACCUCUGAUGGACACAGCGCCCCAUAUCCAGAGGGUGCCACCAGCACAGGUGUCCCCAGCAGAACGCCCUCAGCAGUGGCCCUGGGGACUGUGCCUGUGCCCACUGUGCUGUGCGUGGUGCUGGGGACGCUGCUGUGCCUGUCUCUGGGUGCCCUGGCCCUGCUGCUGUGCCGUGCCCGUGCCCGACGCCGAGGCCCUGGCAAAGCUGCAGAUGCCACCUCCAAUGCUAUUUACGAGGAGCUGGAUUACAAAGCCAUGCCAGAGUACCAGGAGGUGCCCACUCCCCCAGGUUCCCUGUCGGAGGGAUGGGUGAAGAAGCUGCCGUAUUACACCGGGGACAGCGUGGAGGGGAGUGACUCCGAGGCAGCGCCAGAUCCCCCUGCCCAGCCCGAGCAAGGAAGCCCGGAUGGCUACGACGAUGCCCUGGAUGUGCCACAGGAGCCCCCUGCUCCCAGCACGGGGGACAUCUCUGAGGGAGUGGCACGGCAGAAGUGGAUCUGUGUCCUCCCCACAGGUGGGAUCUCGUCCCCUCCAAGUCACCCAGGAGCCACCAGGGACCCCACGGAUCAGCCCCCUGGGCACAUGGACUAUGAUGAUGUGGGCUGCGGCGCCCUGGGGACACUGCCAUGAGGAUGUCCUGGCCAUGCCACAGCCCUGGGGACACGUGUGUGGCAGUGUGGUGGGGCCCUGCCCAUGGAAGUCAGCCCUCGCUGUCCAGCACUGCAGGAAAGCAGCUCCUGUGUAGGGAUUUUCUUUGAUUUCAGUGUGAAUUUCCCUUUUUUCCUAUUAAAAUCCAAACUGGUCAGAGACUCAC